GGGACAGAAGAGUGCGGAGUGCGGAGUGCGGAGCUGCGCCUGCGCUGUGCGGCCUCAGCUGAGGAGACCCGGCCGGAGCCUCAUGUCUGGCUGCUGUUCUGGAUGAACCUGUGUAUCCCGUGCACCAUCAGCGCUUUGAGAACCCAGCGAAGGACCCACGAGACACAAGAGCCAUCUGAUUUGUUUUCAUCCAUAAUCGUGUAGUCAACCUAUGAGGCAUUGUGCUGGAGUCCUUGUAUGACAUCUUCUUGAAAUGUGGUUUUGACCACUUAUGUGACUUAUAAGUACUUGACAGGAACCUACAUGACCUUCUCCACUGCCUCAAAGUGAAGUAGUGACGUUGUAGUGAUAAAACCAUAAUGGCGUUUGCUGAACUUAGAGAAGAACUGAACUGCUCCAUCUGCCUGAACAUCUUCACAGAUCCGGUCACCCUGAGCUGCGGACACAACUUCUGCUGGGUCUGUAUUGAUCGUGUGCUGCAUAGCCAGGAGGGGGCCGGAGUUUACAGCUGUCCAGACUGCAGAACCGAGUUUACGGAGCGUCCAGCACUGCAUAAAACCAUCGCUCUCCGUAACAUAGCUAAGAGUUUCCAGUCUAAGCCAGAAGAAGAGGAGAAUGGUGGCAUCUUCUGCACUUACUGUGACUCCUCCGUACCCGCCGUUAAAACCUGUCUUCAAUGUGAAGCUUCUUUAUGUGACAAGCACCUAAAAAAACACAACAAGUCAGAUGGUCACGUCUUAAUGGAACCCACCACUUCUCUGGAGAAUAGAAAGUGUUCCACCCAUAAGAAGAUGCUGGAGUACUACUGCAUCGAGGACUCCUCCUGUGUCUGCGUCACCUGCUGCUUGGCUGGAAAACACAAAGGACACCAGGUAGAACCAAUAGAUGAAGUAUCUGAGAAUGAGAGAAUGAAACUUCAGCAUGUCCUGGAGAAGCUGGCCUCAAAGCGAGAGAAGGUCGAGAUACGAGUCCAGAGCCUUGAAGAACACAAACUGGAAGUGACAAAACGAGCAGAAGGAGAAUCAAAGAGAGUUUCCUCCUUGUUCAGAGACAUCCAGAGACGUCUCGUAGAACUAGAGAAGAAAGUUCUAGAUGAGAUCUCCAGGCAGGUGGCUGAGGUGGUAAUAUCCGUCUCUGAUCUAAUCCAACAGCUCGAAUAACAGAAAGACGAGUUGUCCAGAGAGAUUUCCUGCAUUGAGGAGCUGUGUCUACUGAUGGAUCCAUUAAUUCUCCUCCAAGAACUGGAAUCUGGGAAAUAUUACUUGAGUGGUGAUGCCGAAGGAAGUGACGAAGACCAAAAAGACCCCAAGUCCCCCAAAUGUGUGGGGGAUCUGGACAGAAAUCUAACCACCAUGACCUUACAUACAGGGUUGGCUGAUAUCAUAGCACACUUUAAGGGAGGCCUUCAUAUUGUGGAGGUCCCAGACCUACUCCUGGAUGUUAAUACCGCUGCCAGUUACGUGCACAUCUCAAGUGACCUGAAAACUGCUUCAUAUUCCAGUAAUGAAAAGCACCCAGAAUCCCCCAGGAGGUUUGAAGACUGUCAAGUUUUGAGCACCAGAACCUUCUCAUCAGGCCGCCAUUUCUGGGAAGUGGAAGUUAGUAAAGCGGGGAAUUGGAUGAUAGGAGUGUGUUACCCCACUAUGGACAGAAAAGGCGACCAGUCGUACAUGGGAAGCAACGAGAAGUCCUGGUGUUUAUCUAGGUCCAAAUCAAAGAAGCAUCAUUAUUCAGUGAUGCAUCAUGGGAAGGGUAUCCAUUUACCCGGCAAGGCUUCCAGUCAGAGAUUAGUGAUCUAUCUGGAUUAUGAGGCUGGACAGUUGUCCUUCUAUGAGUUGUGUGAUCCGGUCAGACACCUGCACACCUUUACCGCUGCCUUUACCGAGCCUCUUCAUGCUGCACUCUACAUAUGGGAUGAAUGGGUUGCAAUUAGGAGCUAGAAUACGGGUAACAUCUGGAAGGGUUUGUUUGGGGGGUUAGGACUACCCAAACCUCUCUAAACCCCAAACACAAGGGACCUUGUUUUUUUGUUUUUGUUGGAAAGAGAGGGAACAUCUACAGAACUAGGAUGAGAUUCCUAUCACUGCACAACCCACCACUGAAAUCAGAAAAGUAUCUUGAGUUUCGCGUCACAGGUUUCCAGUUCCGGAGCAAAUAAACAAUGAUGCGUCUCCCAUGUGGGCCUUGAUGGUUUAACUCAAGCAAUACUGUUCUGUUAAAGGGGUAUUCCCGUGGAAAACUUUUUAAUUGUUUUUUAAAUCAACUGGUGCCAGAAA